GCAAAGUAUGCUCAGUGCGAUAGCCUUUAAGGAGCCCUCAGACAAAACACAAGCAGCUGUGAGGUGUCACACUCUCUCUUGACAUCCACGACUAUAAAGGCUCUUGAAACCAAAGCAGCUUUUGUCCAGGGGCACUAAUCAUCAGUUACCUCCUCAGCUCUGCGGAUAUUUCAGGGGCACAAAACCACUGACUUAAGGACAAGCUUUGACUGGAGCGAGGACUUGGAAAUUAAAAGAAGGUCUUUUAUUUGAAAUAAGAUGGCACUUCGGCAGAACUCUGACAAGGAGCCGAGCAUUGAGUUGUUCAUCAAGUGACUUCUGGCCACCGAGAGACAGUCCACCUUAUCACCACACACCCAGAAGGAGCGAGGAACAUGCAGGGUGACUGGCCCCAAAGCCUGGAGCAGGCGCACCCACUUUUACUUAAGCAAACAUUUACAUAGUCAUCUAAGAAGUCACGUAGUUAGCCAUCAUGCUUAUUUGUCAUAAUUAUUUAAUAAUAUCCAGAUACUUAGAAUACACUGGGAUCUUUUUCUUUUCAAUGCUCUGAACACAAGUGUGUUUUAGUUGAUGGUGCAAGGUCAAGUGAAGCUCAAAAACGAAACAUAGACCAUACACGAUGUCUCUGUGUCAGUAUACCAUUCAACAUUCAGUCAUUGAAAGGAAAAGUUUCACAUUGUGGGAAUUUCAUCACUUCCUUGCUGAGAGUUGGAUGGGAUGAGAAGAUCCUCCAAAUUUGAAACCAAAGCCAGAAGCCCUAUUAGCUUAGCUUAGCAUAAUGACUGGAAAGAAGGGGAAACGGUUAGCCUGGCUCUGUCUGAGGAUGGAAAAAUUCACGUAUGAACACAUUCCUGAAAACCUUGUGUGGAUUAAACAUAAAAAGGAGACUGUGUGCACAAUGGCACAUGGAGGAGUGGACAAUCGCACAUGUGAGCGUCCGUUGAUUUCCGCCACAACACAAUGCUCGCUUUUCCCCAACACGGAGGAAACUGCCUUUAAAUAUCCGAGACACGCCUCUCACUCGCUCAUUGAGGCAGGACAUGAUGGUGAGAACGUGGGGAACUGCCCCUUCUGCCAAAGGCUCUUCAUGGUUCUGUGGCUGAAAGGAGUGAAGUUUACAGUGACCACUGUUGACAUGAGGAAGAAGCCAGAAGAGCUUAAGGACCUGGCCCCGGGGACGAACCCUCCCUUCCUCCUCUACAACGGCACCCUCAAAACAGACUUCAUCAAGAUCGAGGAGUUUCUUGAACAAACACUGGCCCCUCCCAGGUAUCCUCAUCUCAGCCCGCUGAACAAAGAGUCCUUUGACGUGGGCGCUGACAUUUUUGCAAAGUUCUCAGCUUUCAUCAAGAACAGCCAAGGUAACGCAGUCCACGAAAAGAAUCUGAUGCGGGAGUUUAAACGCCUGGACAAUUACCUGAUCUCCCCCCUCCCUGAGGAAAUUGACCACAACUCAAGAGAAACCAUGACCAUCUCCAAGAGGCAGUUCCUGGAUGGUGACCGCCUCACCUUAGCUGACUGCAACCUGCUGCCCAAACUGCACGUUAUCAGGGUUGCUGCCAAGAAGUACUGCGACUUUGACAUUCCUGCCCAGUUCACAGGUGUGUGGCGAUACCUUCAAAAUGCCAACGAGAGAGAGGAGUUCAAACAGACUUGUCCGGCCGACAUCGAAAUUGAAAAGGCUUACUUCACCGUGGCCAACCAGAGGAAAUGAACUUUUCAUUUUCUGUAAUUCAUGUCCUGUUUUUUCCCACCAAGUGAAACCAUGCUUGAUGAUCUGUAGAGGGCGCUACAACUUCCAAGAAUAAACCGUGGCAAUGAAUCAGACACGUUUCCACCUUGAAAAGCUUGCCUUUUUGUUGUAGUAAGACAUGGAGACAUGCUGAAGCAAAAUGUUUUAUUGGUUGUAUGUAUUGAAUAUUCAUCCAUAUUCGCUCACAGAUAAUUGGUAUUUUUAUGCCACAUUGAAAAGGCCAAAUGUGCAAUUGACUGUUUAUGUAAUAUAGCAGGAUUUUUUUGUUUAUAGUGUAAAUAUAAAUAUUUUCAAUGCUUUUAAAGAUCAGAACACCCUUAUUGAAAUAUAUAUGAUUGUGCGAGGUUGAGCAGGAUGUUCACAAACAGUUCAUAUUUAUGUAAAACAUGAAAUACACUUCUGUAUUGUACUCUGCACAAUUACAGAUUGGUAUGAUCGAAUUGUAUUUGAAUUGUCUCACUGUCAUAAUGAUUAAAAAACACAGUUUCCUAAUCA